AUGUUACCAAUAAGUCAAACACCACCAUUAUCAAUACAACGAACAUUAAUACCAAUUAAUAUUGAAACAUUAGCGGGUACAUCAUUUGAACUACUUGUUUCACCAUAUGAACAAAUACAAUCUAUAAAACGUAAAAUUGAACGACGAGAAGGUAUACCUAUACCACAUCAACAUUUAAUAUGGAAAUCAAAUGAACUUGAUGAUGAAUCAUGUUUAAAUGAUUAUAAUAUUGAAGCUGGUACAACAAUAAAACUUGUUUUAGCUAUGCGUGGUGGACCUGUUAAUACAAAACGUGUACCAAUUGAAGAUAGUUUUAUAAGAGAUAUGUCAGAAUAUAUUGAAAGUAGUCAAGAUGAUUAUGGUAUUGGAAGUGAUUUAUUACCAUCAUCAAAUAAAAAUGUUACAUUUCUUGUUUUACGUGAUGGUGAUCAAUUUAAUUUUUUUCAAGUUAUUGAUAGAGGUGAUGGUACUCUCUCACCUUUAUCUGGUUCUAUGAGUGCUGCAUCAAUGUAUAAUACACAUGAAACAAUAACUGUUGAAACUGAACGACAAUAUGAUGAAAAACGACAAGCUGAUGAUCGUAAAACAAAACAAAAAAUGGAAUUAAUUCGAUCAAAAUUAAAAACACAUUCUAGAAAAGAUAUUCUUCUUCCACCUCGACCGCCAUCAUCAUCAAAAAAAACAAAAUCAAAUUUUAUUCAUCAUCACAAUCAUCAUCCUCGUCGUAGUAUACAUGUUGAAACAAAUUCUAAUUUAAGUACUAAUGGUGAUAAUUCUUCAGGUACAUCAUCAUUAGAACAACAACAUCGAUCAUUAUCAUAUUCAUUUCCUGCUAAUUUUUUUAAUACAUAUAAUUUAUUAUCAUCAACAGCAACAACAUCUAUUAAUCGAAAUGAUCUAUUACAUGAAGAAGAUAGUGAAGAUGAUGAUGAUAGUCAUGAUGAUGAUGAUAAUGAUGAUGAUGAUGAUGAUGAUGAUGAACAAAAACCAUCAUUACAACAACAAACUUUUACGUCAAGAUCAUUUUCACCAUCAGUUUUUUAUUCUAAAAAACGUAAUCAUCAUCAACAUAAUACAACAAAAAAAUUACUUAGUCAAGAAACAGCAACAACAACAACAACCACAACAACAUCAGCUAAUGAUACAAGUAGUAAUGCUGUUCUCGUUGAUUAUAUGCAUCGUAUAUCACCAACAUUACCUAUUGUAUCAACAUCAUCACGUGUAUUAUCAGCAACAAAACAUCAUAAUACAUCUGAUGAACCAAUAAAUACAACUGAUAAAACUCAUAAAACAAAUGAUAUUUUAUGUCAACAUUCACGUACAUCACCAAUGCUUGAAUUAAAUGAUGAUGAAAUUAUUUCACCAACAAAUAUAAAUCGUAAACAAACAGCUGAUAUACAAAGUCGAAAUGAUACAUCAUUAAGUAAACCAAUAUGGACAGAUGAUGAUGAACAAAUAAAUGUCUCCGAUGAAUAUAAUACAGUUGGUGAACGUACAUCAACAAGUCAAUCAAUAUUAUUUCGUCAUCAAAAUAGUUCAACAAGUACAACAGCACUUACACCAAUAUCAACAUUACCUCAUGUUAAUAAAAAAUCUUCAUUACCAUCAACAACACAACAAUUUUAUCAUCAUCAUAAAUCUAUAACUAAUGAACAACAACAACAACAACAAAUUAAACAAUCACCAAGAUCAUUAAUACCAUUAACAGUAUCAAAACAUCGACGUAUACCAACGAACGUACAUUUCACAACAUCAACACAACAACAAAUAUUUAGUAAUUCUACUAAUGAUUUAAUACAAAAUGGAAAUACUAGUAGUGGAAUUAACAAUAAUAAUAAUAAUAAUAGUACAGAUACUUUUAACGAACAUUUAAUGCUCAAUAAACGAAUUGAAAUAUUAAAAACACCUGGUAAACAACAAUCACCACAAUCAACUGCUCCAUCUCCAUCAUCAUCAUUAAAUACAAUUUUUCCGUCAGCAUCAGCAGUACCAUCUCCUUCAAAACGUAAUUUUCAACAAAAAGAUAUUAAACCUGUUAGUACGACAACUACUGUACCACCAACGUCUUCAUCUCAUUUACCAAUAGAUAGUACAAAAGUAACUAUAGAAACAAUUGGUCCUAAAACAGUCUCAGCACUUCUACGACAAAAUGCAACAAUUGAACCAGUUGAUACAUCACGAGGUGUUGGUAAACAUCUUGUUUCACUUCUAACCACUGCAUCAAAAGAAACAGCAUCAAUUAAAACUGGGUAUAAACAAUCAACUCGUGAUGCAAUUAUUGAAGAACGUUAUAGAUUGGAUUCAAAAUUAAGUAAUCCAUGGUCGAACACAACAAAUAAUAAUCUUUUAACAGCAAACAGUAAUAUUCAAUCUAAUACAACAAUGAUUUACAAUUCAAAUAAAUUACCACCAGUUAUUGUCAAUCGUAAACCAACAUCGAAAUGUUUUCUUUGUAAAAAGAAAACUGGAUUAGCUACAACAUAUCAAUGCAGAUGUGGAAGUUCAUUUUGUAGUGAACAUCGAUAUCCUGAAGCACACGCAUGUGCAUUUGAUUAUAAAGCUGAAGGAAAACGCUUGAUUGAACGUAAUAAUCCAUUGAUAACUGCCCCAAAAUUACCCAAGAUCUGA